AUUUAAUAUUCAUCAUCACUUCAACAAUAUCUGAUCAACUCACAUCAUCAAUUAUCACUCUUAAUUCCUCUUAUUGUUUGUAUUCAUCUUCUUUUUCUUCAAUAACUAUAAUGGAGUCAGUGAAGAAAAUGGUAGCUGAAAAGCCAGUGGUGAUGUUCAGCAAAAGCAAGUGUUGCAUGUGCCAUACUAUAAAGACACUCAUAUCAAGUUUUGGUGCUAACUUAACUGUAUAUGAAUUGGAUGAACUUCCCAAUGGCUUACAAGUGGAAAGAGCACUGCUGAUGCUAGGCCGGAGGCCUAGCGUGCCAGCAGUGUUCAUUGGACAAGAAUUAAUUGGCGGUGCUAACGAGAUCAUGAGCCUCCAUCUAGAGGGAAAUCUUGUUCCUCUGCUCAUGAAAGCUAAAGCUCUUUGGCUAUAGCAUAUAUAUAUACACAUACACACUCUGUAAAACUUUUUAUUUCUUGCUUUAGAUAUCUAGUAUUUGAAAUCUACUGGUAUGACUAGUUUAGACUUACGCCGAAUAUGCUGGUAAACCUACAAUCCAGCCACCAUGUAGAAAGUGCAUAAUUAUGAUAUAGUAGUUUGGUUUUCUC